UGCAAAGAAACCAGAAUCUACAACACCUUCCAAUUAUAAUCUCCCUUGUGCUCCACACAUCCUACUGCGUGUGGUUCUUCUUCCUCUCUUCUCUCCAAGCAUAUGCUCCACAAACGAGACGUGGGACAAGCAGAAAAAAAAUGAAGCCCCAAUUCCUCAUCUUCUUCUUUGUCCUCUACGUUAUUCUCACUUCCAACUCUAUUGUUUCAGCCACUUCUCAAACACAUUUUUUCCAACAAAAGCCCAACAACGAGACCAUACUGAGGGUCUCAAAGCAACUAUGCUGGGAUUGCAUAGGAGAGUCCCUAGAAUUUUUGUACCAACACAAUUUGGUCAGGGCAGCCAAGUGGGAGAUACCUUUGAUGUGGGACUUUCAGCUUGAAAAAUAUGCUCAAUGGUGGGCAGGCAUAAGAAAAUCGGACUGCAAGUUGGAGCAUUCGUUCCCGGAAGGCGAGUUCAAGCUCGGAGAGAACAUAUACUGGGGCAGUGGCUCGACUUGGACGCCGAGUGACGCAGUGAAUACAUGGGCAGCUGAAGAGAAGUACUAUACUUAUGUGACAAAUACGUGUGAGGCUGGGCAAAUGUGUGGGCAUUAUACUCAAAUUGUGUGGAAGAGUACAAGAAGAGUUGGGUGUGCUAGGGCGGUGUGUGAUGAUGGAGAUGUUUUUAUGACUUGUAAUUAUGAUCCGCCUGGUAAUUAUAUUGGUGAGAGGCCAUAUUAGUAAUGCUCAAUUUUAAGGUAUGGGCUUAGUUAAGAGCGCUUCCCACUCGGCACGUGAGUACAAAUUCCCCUCGUAGUUUAGAUUAAAUUAAAGUAAAUUAUAUAUUGUAUAAACAAUAUGUAAUAUUAUAUAUGUAAAUGGUCAUCUAGCUAGGCCCUAGGUGUGGGCUCAGUUAGUUCAUGUGGUUGAAAA